AUGCGCAUGGCCGGUGAACGGCUGCGACACCCGACGACGGAUCGAGCACAUACGUCGGGCAUGCAGCCCGCAUCCCGGAUGAGUCCCCGCGCGACACUCACGGCCCCACGCGCACACGACGCGCACAAAGACACACACCGGACGGUCCUACAUGCCUGCACAGGCGUCGUACUCGCGCUCUGCCGUCUCGGACCGCUAGGGUACAAGUUUGCAGACUACAAGACCGCCUACAACGGCUUCAAGCCGCGGCUUCGCGCAUAUAGUACGACGUCGCCUGGGCGCUUAAUCGCCCCUCUACCUCGACGCCAGCCUCCAUCCAGCUCUCCCUCCGCAAUUGGUCCUGAAAUCGCUCGCGAAAUCUUUUAA